GGAGGUGUCUUCGCAUGGCCUCUAAAUAGAGAAGAAGUAUGUUCACGAAUGUUCAAUAGUUCAAUAGGUUCAAUAUAACAAUAAAGACAAUGGUAAUAUACAGUGUUUAUAUAGUUUCAAAAUCAGGAGGUUUGAUAUUUAAUCAUGAUCACAAUGUGCCGAAAGUCGAAAACGAAAAAGUAUUUUCGUAUCCAUUGGAUAUCAAAUUGGCCUACGAGAAUAAGAAGAUUGUCGUUGCUUUUGGACAAAGAGAUGGAAUAAAUGUUGGUCACGUAUUAACAGCCGUAAAUGGGAGUCCUGUAAUCAGCCGUGAGCUUGAGGAUGGAAAAGAUGUACUGGAAAUGUUGGAGCAGCAGAAAAAUUUUCCAAUUACAUUGAGAUUUUGUCGAGCAAAAAUGACCACCAAUGAAAAAAUAUUUCUUGCUUCAAUGUUCUAUCCAUUAUUCGCAAUAGCAAGUCAAUUGAGUCCUGAGCCACGGUGCUCCGGAAUCGAAGUACUGGAGUCUGAUACUUUCAGACUGUAUUGUUACCAAACCUUGACAGGUGUAAAAUUUAUGCUUGUCGCUGAACCAUCGCAGUCUGGUAUGGAAAUUCUCUCCAAGAGAGUUUACGAGCUUUACGCGGAUUAUGCAUUAAAAAAUCCAUUUUAUUCAUUGGAAAUGCCUAUCAGAUGUGAACUUUUCGAAACGAAUUUGCAAGCUUUAUUGGAUACAGUAGAGAAAUCUGGUAUAAGUAGUGUUUAAUCGUUGCAUACUUCAUUAAGUAACAAAAUCCAUAAUUAUAAACGCAUAAUUCAAAUUUGUAAUAUAUAUUUGAAAAAUAUAUUAACUAGCUACGAUAAAAUAA